CAUAUAGCUCAGUAUCCACACUGACUGGCAGUGGCUUUCCUGGGUUUCAGGCAGGUUGUCCUCCCGGCCCUAUCUGGAGAUGCUGGGAAUUGAACCUGGGACCUUUUGCAUGCAAGGUAGGGGCUCUACCACUGAGCUAAGGCUCUUCCCCAAAAUAUGAGAGGUAGAGGCUGCUUCUCCAGUUCCCUGUUGGCAGUUUCUAGUUCCUGAUUCCGUUUGGAGCUGCAGGUGCGGCCUGGAUGAGGAACUGGAUGCUGGCGAGUUCUGGCUCCCUAGAUAGCCAAAGUGGGCAGAGCAACGAAUGCCAAUUUUAUCUGUGUAAAGCAUGCACCCUCCUCUGUCCUCCUUCCAGGCAAGCAAGAAGCACUAUCCAAGUUCAAGGGGACCUUCCAGGCAGGCAAAAACACUCAACGAGAGCAUGAAGCAGGGCUAGUGAGGGGCGUGGCCUGGCCAGGGGCAAGGUUCUCAAUCACCAAAUUGCCAGCUUCUGACUGGAGACCCAGAUGAUAAGAAGUGUUGCUGAGAAAGGCUCCACACACACACACCCGGCCUUCCUUGUGUGCCAGCACAACUCCUUGCUCAGCACUAAAGGCCAGUCACUUCCCCACUUUUCUGUGCAGCGAUGGAGGAUCCAAAAUAAGCUGGCCUCAGGUCCUGCAGGCUCAACAGGAACCCUCCUCUGCCCCCCCCCAAGUUUCCAGUUUCAGGGGUGUGAAGCCAGAGUGGGGAAGAAUGGAGAGGGGAGAGCCUGCUGUUUCCAAGCUGGAGAUUAGACCAGAGGAAGGCCCAGGAGAUUCCUUCCAUAUUGUUCAAGUGGAGACAGUCGGGCAGUUUCCAAAAUGGCCGUCACUGAAAUGCAUUAAGGAGGAACCAGAGGAGGGUCUGUUAUCACAGAGCUGGGAUGCCCAGUGGAAAGACUUCCUCAAGGUGGUUCAGCCCCCCCACUCCAGCAUGGAAAGCCCACAGCUGCUGGAGGCUGUCUCAUGGCGGGGGAAUACUAAAGUGUCUGUCAUCCCCGUUGAGGGACCCACAGCUACCAGCGAGGAGGCCAGAGGUGAUGAGCAAAUGGCCCAGGUUACACAAAGCCUUCGUCGGCCAGCUAAGCAGAAGUAUGGCUUGCCGGAUCCCAGAGACAGGGAGGAUUAUGGGAAAGUGAAGGAAGAGCGCGAACGUGCCCUUAGCACAGACAGAGAGCGCUGUCUCUUCCGGCAGUUCUCCUACGGGGAGGCAGAAGGGCCCCGCGAGGUGUAUAGGCAGCUGCACACACUUUGUCAUCGGUGGCUCAAGCCAGAGAAGCGCACAAAGGAGCAGAUCCUGGAAGUGCUGAUCCUGGAGCAGUUCUUGGCUGUCCUGCCCCAGGAAAUGCAGAAGUGGGUGAAGGAGAGCUGCCCAGAGACCUCCAGCCAGGGGGUGGCCCUCGCAGAGGAUUUCCUGUUGAGGCAGCAAGAGGCCGAGAGGCAGGAAGAGGAGGUGGUGAGUUUGAUCCAAGGGGUGGCCGUGAGCUUCCCGGAUGCCGAGCGAGCUUCAUCGGAAACUGCUCAGAGGUGGCUCAUCAGAGAGAUCAAGAAGGGGAGGGGAAAAGACGCCAAACUGCCAGCAGAUGGGUGGAUGAGCGACAGUGACAGGGAGCUGCAAGGGAUGUUGGCAAAAAGAACCCAGAGUCUAGAGAGUUUUUUUAAUGAAGAUGAAUCGAAGAGAGAUGAAGGAAGGGAAGACGGGAGGGGAAAAUCCACCAUUGGCCAAGAAAGCUCAGUCUGCAAAAUAACACUCCAAGAAAGGAUACACAAAGGAAAGGGAAGGAGUUUGUGUACUUUGUGUGGGAAAAGCUUCAGUACUAAAUCAAGUUUUAACAGACACCAGAGGAUCCACACGGGAGAGAAACCAUAUGAAUGUCCAGACUGCAGUGAAAGCUUUCUUGCUAGAUCCAACCUCAUUAGGCAUCAGAGAAUCCACACGGGGGAGAAACCGUACAAAUGCUCAGACUGUGGGAAGAGGUUUAGUCGGAGCGCAAACCUCAUUACACAUCAGAGGAGCCACACAGGAGAGAAGCCGUAUAAAUGCUUGGGCUGUGGAAAGAUGUUUAAUCAGAGUGCGCAUCUCAUGAGACACCAGAGAACCCAUGUGAGAGAAAAGCCAUAUGAAUGUGCCGAUUGUGGGAAGGGAUUUACUCAGGACACAGCUCUUACUGGACAUCAGAGAAUCCACACUGGAGAGAAGCCAUAUGAGUGCUCAGACUGUAGCAUGAAAUUUCGUGAUAAAUCGAGCCUUAAUAGACAUCAGAGACUUCAUACAGGGGAAAAACCAUACAAGUGCUCAGAGUGCUGGAAAGCAUUCAGUAGUCGUUCAGUACUUAUUCGGCAUCAGAGAACCCACAUGACAGAGAAACCAAGUAAAGGCUCAGAAUGCAGCCAAACCUUUCUUACCAUAUCAGACCUUGUCACACAUCAGCGUACCCACACAGGGGAGGAAAUUGUAUAAAUACUCAAGAUUUGUGGGAAAGAGAUUGUGUCAGAACAGUGCACCUUACUAGAAAUCAGGGAAUUCAAAUGGGACAAGAGCCAUAAGCCUAGUUCAUGCAAUAGCGUGUGAAUGAGCAUCGGUCAGGGGUCGCCACCAUCAUGUCACCACAUGGCAGUGUGCCUGCCAAUAUUUUCUAUGAUGUCUGCAAAAGCUCUCACUAAAUAUCCACUGAAAAGCCCGCAAUACACAAGAGACUGUUUAUUUAUCCUGCUCAUUUCCUGUUUACACUGGCCUGGCCUAUUCUAUAUUGAGCAUCUCACUCUUAAGCAUGCCCACAUUUAUUUAUUUAUUAUUUCAUUUAUAUCCCGCCCUUCCUCCCAGUAGGAGCCCAGGAGUAAAAAAAAAAACCCACUGAAACCCCUUUAAA